GCUCGGGCCCCGCCGCUGCCCGGGGACAUGCAGCUGCUGCCGCUGCCGGCUGCGAGAGCGGGCGUGGCUGGGCCGGACUAGCGCGGGGCUGGCGGGCGCCAUGUACACGUUCGUGGUGCGGGACGAGAACAGCAGCGUGUACGCCGAGGUGUCCCGGCUGCUGCUGGCCAGCGGGCAGUGGAGGCGGCUGCGCAAGGACAACCCCCGCUUCAACCUCAUGCUGGGCGAGCGCAACCGCCUGCCCUUCGGCCGCCUGGGUCAUGAGCCUGGACUUGUACAGAUGGUAAAUUACUACAGGGGAGCUGACAAACUUUGCCGCAAAGCUUCUUUAGUAAAGCUCAUCAAGACCAGUCCUGAGUUAUCAGAAUCUUGCACGUGGUUCCCAGAGUCUUAUGUGAUAUACCCAACCGAUCUGAAGACUCCAGUGGCCCCUGCUCAAAAUGGAAUUCACCAUCUUAUAAACAACACCAGGACAGAUGAAAGAGAAGUGUUCCUAGCAUCCUACAACAGGAGAAAGGAGAGCGGGGAGGGCAAUGUGUGGAUAGCCAAGUCCUCUGCAGGUGCCAAAGGUGAAGGAAUUCUAAUUUCUUCAGAGGCUACUGAACUUUUGGACUUUAUAGAUGAACAAGGACAAGUGCAUGUGAUUCAGAAAUACCUUGAAAAACCUUUACUCUUAGAGCCAGGUCAUCGCAAAUUUGAUAUUAGAAGCUGGGUUCUAGUGGAUCACCAGUAUAAUAUCUACCUCUACAGAGAGGGUGUCCUCCGGACCUCUUCAGAACCGUACAAUAGUGCUAAUUUCCAAGACAAAACCUGCCAUUUGACCAAUCACUGCAUCCAGAAGGAAUAUUCUAAAAACUAUGGAAAAUAUGAAGAGGGGAAUGAAAUGUUCUUUGAAGAAUUUAAUCAGUAUCUGAUAAGUUCUUUGAACACUACGUUGGAGAGUAGUAUUUUAUCACAAAUCAAAAACAUAAUAAGAAGCUGCCUUAUGUGUAUAGAGCCUGCAAUCAGCACUAAACACCUUCACUACCAGAGUUUCCAGCUCUUUGGCUUUGACUUCAUGGUUGAUGAGGAACUGAAGGUCUGGCUAAUUGAGGUCAAUGGGGCUCCAGCUUGUGCCCAGAAACUUUAUGUGGAGCUUUGCCAAGGUAUAGUGGAUGUAGCCAUCUCCAGCGUCUUUCCCCUCAGUGAGACAGCACAAAAGCAGAGCCAGCCAUCAAUAUUUGUCAAGCUGUGAUGAAAGGCCAUCUCAGCUACAUACGUGGGUGAACUGCCAUCUGUUGAGUGAAAGGAAAGGCUGUUUGAUCAUUUAUAUUAGUAUCAUGCCAAAAAGGGAUAUCCACAAAGAAAAAGUCACAAGGAAAAAAAUAAGUCUCCAAGGAGAGCUGAGGACAAGCCAAAGUUGUUCAGACAACUCUGCCUGUGUUUUACCAAGCUUUACAUUAAGAACAGCUCUUUGAUAACUUUAGACUUUAACUGAAGCAGAUCUCUCUGGGAGAACAGCAAAAUAAUGUUUAUUAAACUGGGAUACAAUAAUAUUGUAUUACUUCAUUCUUUCUUUUAAAAAAAGAAACAAACUUUUUUCCUUUUUGUUUUAAUUAAUAAGGCAAUUUAGUGAACAGUAUCAGUAAUCUUCCAGGACUUCAUGCUUGGAAGUUUUGUCAUCUCUUGGUGUGUAUUUUCUUGUUUCCUCACCUGAUGCAGUUUUAGUGCCUUAGCUCAGUUCCAAUAGGUGAUUCCUUUUUGUUCUUGCUCCUUUAUGUAGAGGUAAAAAGGUCUCUUGCUUUGUUGGAUAUGUAAAGCAAGAAAAUAUAACCCAUUUUUGUUUUUUUUCUUUAACCAACUAGCUAAACACCAUUUAUUCUAAAUAACAGAAUGGCAAAGAGGCUAUUGACAGGAUAACGUAUGUACUGCAGUAAUUUAGCCUACCAAGUGAAAGAGGUUUUAUUUACUUUUAUCCUCUUUUCUAAUGAGAUUUGAAUCAGUUGUCCAUCAAAGUCUGAUAUAGCCAGAAAACAAACACUGAGACCUCUUGUGCUGACCUGCAGUUGUCAAGGAAUCCUUCCUGACUCUUCUGUGGAGAAUGCUCAUAAAAUAGAGGGUCCAGUUUUCUUGGAAAACUGGCUCAGAGGUUUCCAAAUUAUUUUAAUUCCACUCUCCUUCCAGCUUUUCCAUUUAUAAUGCUUCAUUUUUAUUAAACAAAAGAGUCUUAUGUUAAAGGACCAAUUCUUUACAGAUGUUAUUGCUUAUUCAUUUCUUUAAAAAACUUCAUGUUACCUUAAUGCACUUGACACUAAAAACUUUUCAGCCCAACUGGUUGUUUUUUUCUCCAUUUGACAAACACUGAAUUUUUCUGCAUUUACAGGCCAGCACCAAAAAUGACUCUACUUUGUGCCUCAGGCAUUAUCAGUCAUAAAUACCCCCAGACCUAAGGAGAUUUUUUUUGUAUGAAAAAUAGUAGGGAAAUGUUAACUGCACAUUUGCUUUGUUACAUGAUUAUGCAGUCCUUUUUAAGUUUCUUAAGGUCAUUGAAUUUAGAAACCUGCAUACAUUUUUAAAUGUAGCCAAAGUUAAUGUAUGGAAUCCUUACAGUUUUCCCCACUUCAUCAUAAACAGUUCCUGUAAGUCUGUUUAAAUUUUCAGUCUAAGCAGGUUAGCCAUCUUCUCUCUGAGCUUUGUCCUUUUGUAGAACACUACUUCAGGUCAGAACUUUGCUCUGUCGUCUCUAACAACGAUAUCACAAAGUCAGUUCAUAGUUAACUACAUUAAUGAUAGUGAUCUGAGCAAAAUAAAAUAGGUCCCUGUCACUGAAAAUGCAUUUAGACACUACGUGAUUUCAGUUGUCUAAGUUUAAAAAAAUGGAUCAAGUUGUAUAGUUUUUGCCUCCUAGGACAGGCUUGAGCACUCUUAUACUCUAUUUAAAGCUGAGCUUCCUCAGCUCUAAAUCAGUGCCAGUGUAGAACUCAUCAAAUUACUAAUCCUGGCAGCCUUCCUUACUGUGCAAAAUCAUUGAUGUUCAUUAAUUUCUCUUCCAUAUUUGAUGAUUUACACCAACAGGUUUGGAAUGAGCUCAACAGCUCAUUUUUAGUUCUUGUUUCUGAAAACUUUGGCCACAUGAUUAUCAGAUCAUCACCCAUUGCCCUUGCUGGCUUUCACUGCAUUUAGUGUAAAUAAAUACCUCUUUAUGGCUUUGCCACUUCACUGCAGAUCCCUAACUAGCCUUGAGGCUAUGGAGAUAGUUCUGCUGGGCAUGCUUUUCUUGUGAAAUGUCCUUUGAACAUCAUUUGAUACUUCAGCCCACAGUAGGAGGGGUGGCAUUUAGCAUUAGGAAAGCAGUUAAUAUUCCUUGGUUGCAUGGCAUUAUUUUCCUGAUAGCAAUUGACAAAGGACAGAUCUAAUCCCACUCCUGCUGUUUAGCAGGGGACAGUGUAAGGGCAGGAAUUUGUUUUGCAAAGAGUUGUGGUCAGAAAUUGUCAGCUGGGUUUUCACAGCUGCAGAAAGGAAAGGAAACUAUUUUUUUAAUUAUUAUGAAGAAUUGGUACUUGGCUCCAUUGCAAAAUAUGGUUUUGAUACUGAUAUUAAAAUAGACCCAAGAAAAUGUAUCAGUGAAGCGUAUGAGAUAUUCCUAGUUCAUACGAUGAUGAUUAAUAAGGCCAGAGGCUUUGUCAGUAAAACACCAUUCGUUAUAAAAGUAUAUUCCUGUUUUGGUGCUCAUGUCUUUGGAUUUACACUGCCGCUGAAUGAGUGUUCACAGAAAUGUCAGGAAUUCAAAGGUAUUGAAAUUUGUAUAUAUAAAAUGUGCAAAGUCCAGGGACUUUCAGAUUUCCACCAUAACAUGAAAUGUUAAAGAUAACAUCAAAGGUAAGCUGCAUAAGCUUCUCUUAAGCAGUAAGUGUGAAAUGAACUCAAGUUUUAAGUGUAUAAAUACCUCUAUUGGUGGCAAAAUUAAUGUACAUUAGAACUAUAAAGAGUUUGCAAUAUUAUAUACCAGUAAUUAGGAAAGAUGACUGCUAUAACAUGGAUAAAAUGAGUUUGUUUGGUUAUGUAAACGAAUGAGAUUUCCAAAAAAUGAAUGUUUAAAAUUGGUUUUUUUGUGUCUGUAUCUAUGUUCCAAAAUAAGCUGCUUAAUUUCCAGUAAAGCUGAGCCCCAAACAGCUCCUAUUCAUUUUCUGGAAGCUGCAAA